GCGGCACCUCUUCACUUGGAUACUUUUUUUUUUCUGGCGAUCUACAGUGCCUUUCAAACCACUAUCCAUUUUCUGAAUACUUGUUGACUCUUAUAUAAUCGCUACCAUACCCAUCGAGACCAGAAUAACUCCCAAAAUGUCGUCCGCAGAGGUACCCAAGGUGCCUGUUUACUCAAGCAAUGACCUCAAAUCCACCACCGACGACGCCCUCGCACCCCACCUCACCACCCUCCCGCAACCCUAUAGAUUCAGCCAAGACAACACCAAGAUCAACGUCCGCCUGCUGCUGGGCUACUCGGCCGUCGCCAUCGCGGGCUUCACCUUCUACGCGGACCGCAUGCUGAAAUGGGAGGCGACGCGGUCGCCGUGGAUCCUGGCGGCCGUCGCAUCGUACUUCCUUCUCAACUCCCUGCUCACAUACUGGAUCUGGGCCGUCGAGGCGGGCGAAGUGUUCCGAGGGAAGCGCAAGUCGGGUGAAACGAUUGUGAUCCGCUCCUCCGUCAAGAAGCAUUCCCCUCUCUACAAGCUCAAGGUCCAGUACACGUCCCCCGCAGGCAAGGUGAUUCAGGAGAAGGAGAUCGAGACGUCCUUCACGAAGUGGUUUGCAGAGGAUGGGACUUUCCACAUCCAGCCGCUCCGGGACUGGCUGGCUAACGAGAUUGAGGUCCUGCGGCUCGCGGCAAAUGAGAUCGAGAAGAAAACUGGCGGUGUUGCCAGUCUUGUCGCCGUUGAGGAGACGGAUCAGGUUGAGGGGGCAAAGAAGGGGAAGUAAAACGUUGAAAACAGAGUAUGUGUUUAUACGAGCUUUUUUUUUUUCAGAGGUCCAUUGCAUGUCAAGAUAGCGUAAAAGUCCCGGAUCAUAUCUGGGUAGAUGUCACCUGCUGUCUCGAAUGGAAUUCCUCAACUAGAG